AUUAAUAACUGCAUGUUAUUAAUUUAAAUUCGCAUAUCAAAACAUAACGCGUUAAAUCAGCUUCCUACCCUGCGAUUUGUUCUAAUAAAAGCUUAUUAAUAGCACAAAUAUGCUGCAGUUAGCGGGCAUGCUAAGCUAGCGGCUCAUUGCGAUUCUAACAGUUAGGAUUAAUAAUUAAUAAUAAUAAAGAGUAAUUAGUAAUCGGUGUUAAUUAGGGCGAUGGGGUUUUAUGAGGUUUAUUCUGAGCCGGUUUUGAUCCGUUAUAAAAGCAGGGUGUGUUCAAGAGCAUCCGUGUUUGUGGUGUGUGUGUGUUUACUAACCUACAUUCCUCCUCUGCUCAUGGCCUACAGGAGUCAAGGGUUCUGGCUGAAACAGAGUACGUAUGAGGAACAGCCUCUGGUCCAGUUCCAGUAUCAGAUGAUGCUGAUUGGUGCCACCAGUUUAACGGGGGAUUAUGUAGCGUGGAGUACCUUCUCCAAAUUUAACUCCCUGCUGGGGAACAACCUGCGCAUUCCUGCUGUAUCUGUGAGAGAGGACGACAGGAACGGAGAUGGAAAAUCAGAUGGACUGAAUGUGCAGCUCUCAGUUCCUCUGAGUCCAUCAGAACAGAUCUACAGCGUCCAGCUCCUGCUCACCUUCAACUACCAACUGAUGAGAAUGGCGACGGUGGUGAUGCAGUCCAUGGUUCUGGUUCAGCAUUCAUCAGCAGUUCCUGGUUCUCAGCUCUUCAUCAGUGGAGAUCUGAAGCUGCAGCAGAGAUCAGCGCUUCCUCACCGUGGCAUCAUCACCCAGUACAACGUGUCGGUGGUUGAUGCUUCGAGUCCAUUUGCAAGUUCAUACGAUCUGACCAACAUCAUCAGGAGCUACCAGAACCGAAACUUAAGUACGUACCUCCUCUGUACCACUCCGGUGUGGACGGUGGCUCGAGCAGCUGGCGCUCCAUUUCAGAUUGAGGUUGAGAUCAGAUACCCGGUGGAGACGAUCACAUACCGGCCGGGAUUCUGGGAGCUGAUAAAGUUCGGCUGGAUUCAGUACGUCAGCGUCUUACUGAUCUUCAUCUGGAUCUUCCACCACGUCCAGAACUUCAUCUUCCACAACCAGGUUCUACCCACAGUACCUGUCACACCUCUCACCAAACCCCAUCAGUCCUGACCUGUUUCACUGCAUCUCUGUGUGUGUGAGUGUGUGUGUGUGUAUAAGUGUAAAUAAAGAUUUGAUUGAUCUGAA